AUGGCUGAUGUUGUAGAUGAUAAUUUGAGACCCAUUGUGGAGGAUAUUGAACAUGAUGUUAAUGUCUUUGGCACCCUUAUGAGCAAAUUGGAUUUUGGUGACCCUCUAUAUCUGCAUGCUAGUGACACCACUGGCACACCCUUAAUUAACCUAAAUUUAAAAGGAACUGGAAAUUAUAAAGUUUGGUCAUGUGCUAUGGAACUUGCUCUUGAAACUAAGAAUAAAAUUGGGUUUAUAAAUGGAACUUGUAUGAGACCUGAUGAUAAUGAAAUUCUAGCAAAACAAUGGGAUAGAUGCAAUUAUGUGGUUUUAUCUUGGAUUUUAAGUUCUGUUUCUGAAGAAGUCUAUAUGAGUCAAAUUUUUUCAAAAGAAGCUGCUACUGAGAAGAAUCUCACAGAGGCAUACCUUCUAGUGAUUCAGUUUCAAAACCUCAAAAUUGUGCUUUUGUGUCAAAAACCUUUGGAAAUAGGAAAAAUCUGGGAAGAGGAAAGAUGUUAUGGAUUAGUUGGUUCUCCUGGUGGUUAUGGAAAGAAACAUGUGUAUCAAAACUUUAUCAGAAACUCCUCUAGCAACAACUCUAAUGUAAUUGAGAGCAAAUCAUCCACUCCUGCCUCUCCUUCCACCUCAUCCAGCUAUGGAGCUGGACCCUCAAACACUCACCCACAACCUACUUCAACCUCACCAUUUAGUAGUGAACAACUCAAUUUCCUGAUGCAAAUGUUAAGUGAUAAAUCUGUCUCAACAUCUGUACAGUCUCACAUGGCAGGUACAUUUUUUAAUUCUAAUUCUUUUUUCAACUCAAAUUUUUCAAGAUUCUUCUGUUCUAAUUCUCUCAUGCAAACUUUCUCAAAAACCCUCAAAAAAUGGAUUUCUGACUCUGGAGCUACACAACAUAUGACAUGUUGUGACAAAUGGCUUUUUAAUGUUGAGGAUGUCUCUAACUUGGGUAUUACUGUUGGGCAUCCAAAUGGGACCCAAGCCAAGGUUUUAAAGAUAGGAAAUUUUAAACUUACUGACAACAUCACUCUGUUUGGUAUCCUAUAUGUACCUGAAUACUGUGUCAACCUUUUUUCUGUGCACAAUUUAGCUAGGGAUAGCAGAAUGUAUAUAAGUUUUGAUGAAAAUAAUUGCUAUGUUCAGGAUUUGAAUACAGGAACCCUAAUGGGGACUGGUAGUGAGGCUGGUGGCCUCUACAUCUUUGAUGCAUACAUCAAAGAUUUAUGGGGACCCUACAAAGUCCAAAGUAAAGAAGGAUUUAGAUACUUCUUGAACAUUGUUGAUGAUUUCACUAGGGCUGUGUGGGUGUUCUUACUCAAAGGGAAGGAUGAUACUUUUGAUAACUUUAUAACCUUUUAUAAUUUGUUAAGAAAUCAGUUUCAAACAACCAUAAAAGUUGUAAGGAGUGAUAAUGGGAGUGAAUUUACUAAUCUUAGAAUGAACCAAUUUUUUAAAUUGAAUGGUAUCAUCCAUCAAACUUCAUGUGCCUACACCCCACAACAAAAUGGGAUUGCUGAAAGGAAACAUAGGCAUCUCCUAAAUGUCUCUAGAUCCCUUAUGUUUCAAGGAGGGAUUCCCCUAAAUAUGUGGCCUGAAUGCAUUCUGACUGCUACCUUUCUUAUAAACAGGUUACCCUCUUCUGUUUUAUCUGGAAAGUCACCUUAUGAAAUGGUCUUUAAUUGUAAACCUAACCUCUCUUUCUUAAGAGCUUUUGGGUGUCUUUGCUUUGCCACUGUUUUAAAUAAUAAUGACAAAUUCAGUACCAGAUCAAAUAAAUGUGUUCUUAUUGGAUACUCUGAGGGGAAAAAGGCUUAUAAACUCUUUUGUUUGGAUAAUAAAAGCAUUCUCUAUUCUAGAGAUGUUAGGUUUUAUGAAAAUAUCUUUCCUUUUAAAAUAAACAACAAAGACUGUGUUGGUGAUGAUUCUGGUACAACUCACUUGAACUUUUUUAACAAUAAUUGGUUUGAUGAUAAUAACUCCUUAAGUCCCAAUGAUGAUAGGAGAGGGACUUCAAAUGGUGAUGGCAAUGCACACAAUGGUCUUGGUAGCACACUUAGAGCUGCCAGAAGUGAUUCUGGUAGCACACAUAGUGUUGCUAGACCUUAUGAUACAAAUGCAACACCCAUUGAAGAACAAAACAAUUCUGAGGGCAAUCUCAACCAUGAAACUGAACCAUCUCAUGAACCUGACCAAGCUGUUAACCUUAGAAGGUCUAAUAGGGUUACCAAGCAACCCAGCCACCUUGAAGACUUUGUUCUUAAUACUAAAACUAGACAUAGCAUUACUAAUGUUGUUAAUUUUGCCAAGUUAAGUUAUGAAAACUUGUGUUUUGCUUCCAACUUAAAUAAGAUCAUUGAACCCUCUUCCUAUGAUGAGGCUUGA